GGAGGAGUUCAUCGCUCGGGUUGGGGCAUCUAUACCCCUUCCCCCUUGAAGGAGGUGGGUGACAGGAGGACGAUGUGAGUGACCGGGACCUCCUGAAUGGGGAAGAAGCAGAGGAAAGCGGCGCGGUCGGAGGCCGUCUUUUACUGCGAGGUUUGCCGGCAGACCUCGUUCAGGGGCUGGGGACAUGUGUACGGCCUGAAGCACCAGGAGAGGCUCGGGGCGUUGCUAGGCCGCUUCCUGCGGAAGGUUGAAGAUGCACAGCGGUCUCUUAAAGCAGUACAAGUGGAGAAAUAUGACAUCGUUGAGCAUGAGCAGAACUUCUGGUGCUACUGCUGCAAAAGGGAGGUGAAGAAACACAUCACAAAUGAGAGCGUUGCUGUGCUGUAUGGUGGGCUUCUAGAGCACUUUGUAAGCUCAGAACACUUGAAGCAAACCAACAAAUUUUGGUGGGAAAACAAAGCAGACAUCAAGUUGAAAGACAAGUUUAUUCUGUCUAACGAUGCUUAUGAGAAGUUCAAAACAGCUGUUGCAAAGGCAGUGGAAAACUAUGAAGAGAAGGAGGAUGAAUAUAUUAAGCAGGAAGCAGAAUAUAUUCGAGAAGUGGAACGGAAAAGACAGGAAGUAGUGCAGGCAGCCUUUGAGCCACAGGCAGAGCAGAAUUCUAUUGAUGGACUCCCAGUACUUGCAAUCGACCACUAUGAAAGUCAUGGUACCUAUAUUGCUGAAGAGAAUGAACCUGGGCCAAGUGGAGUAAAUUUUCCUUAUCGUUCUUGUGAAGUGACAAAUGGACAAAACUUGACUUUCAUUGGUGACCAGAUAUCCAAACCAGAAACUCGGAACAUUCACACAGGUGCUACUCCACCUUGGCUUAUUGAUGAAGAUGAUGUGGACGCAACACCAAAAUCAAUAGGGCCAUCUUAUGAGGAGUUUAUCCAACAGAAGGAGAAAGAAAAACUGAAGAAACUUCCUCCAAAUAGAGUUGGUGCAAAUUUCAACCACACAUCAGAAACAGAUGACUCCUGGUUACCUUCAUUUGGCCGGGUGUGGAAUGAUGGCAGGAGGUGGCAAUCCAGGCAUCAAUUCAGAUUAGAGGAAGGCAAAAAAAGAAAACGAGACAAGAGAUGACCAGAGGAAAAUUUUAAAACAAAUGAAUUGUGCGAAGAGGAAAAUGGGGGAGAUUGUGCUUCAAAGACAUGUUAAUGUUACAUACUUUUUGCUAGACUCAUUGUAUAAAGUUUAUUAAAAUAUUGUAUACCCUAUUGCAUUGGGUAAACAGGUUCUGAAAACUAAUUUCUAAUGUACUAGCCAGGAGCUGUAAGCUACUUGUACAUAUCACUAAAAUCUAUGGAAAUAAGUUUAGUUUGUAAAAUUUUGCCACAGUAAAUCAACACUUUUACAUUUCUGCCUAAUACAAUUUCAAAUGCAA